AUGCCUCUCACUGCCGCUGAACGUGAACGUUACUCUCGCGAGCUCGCAGAGUACACUAUGCGCCAGUUCUCGCAGGCUCGCAAGAACCUCGAUAGCCACAAAGCUGCUGCCGCCAAGCUACCUGCCUUCCACGCAGCGCGCGAUGGCUCUUUACCUGGCCGGAAAGGCCAGCAACAACCGGUUCCAACAACGCAACGGCAAAAGGCAUAA